CCGCAGCAGGGACCAGGGAAUUAGGUUUCUUAGAUCCAGGAGUAAGAGAGGGGAGGAGAGAGGAGGCUGAGCCCAAUUUCCCUUCAGACACUCCCAGGCUUUAAAGGCCCUGAGCUCAGCUUUCAGUCCCUGGACUCUCCUUGAUUCUGGAUCUCAGCGUACAGGGCCAGUGUGACAUACACGCCUCCCUUACCCUUAUCCCGGUCCUACUGAACCAUAUCUGAGGCCAGCUGUCUCCUUAAGAGUACGAACCUCUGGAGGUCGAACUGAAUAUCCCUGGCGAGAUCUGUACUUUUGGUAAAAGCAACUGGAACAAGUUUCCAAACCCCGGCUUCUUUUCAGCGGCACACUUCCAUUGGCAUGAUUCGAGAAUAGCAAUGGAUCCUGAAGGUUCACGCAUCGAAGAUGACCCAGAUGUCCAGGUGAUGAUGGCAGGGUCGACUCUGAAAAAGGUCAAGUCCCGUCUGUGGAAGAAGCAGCGGCAUUUCCGCCUUCUGGAGGACGCCGUGACGAUCUGGUACAAGUCCAGAUGGGCAGGGAAAGGCCACUCCACUUUCUCAAUUAGUGAGGUGGAGACUGUGCGUGAGGGCCACCAGUCAGAAGUCCUGCAGAGCACCGCUAAGGAGUUCCCCGCUGAGCGUUGCUUCACCUUGGUCUUUCACGGUCGCCAGUGCAACCUGGACCUUGUGGCCCGGACCUCCGAGGAAGCCAAAGCCUGGAUCGAGGGAGUGCGCAAGUUGAUUCACAAGGCCCAAACGAUGGAUGAGAAGGAGAGGCAGGACCAGUGGAUCCGCGACUGGUUUCACAAAGCUGACAAAAACAAAGAUGGGAAGAUGAACUUCACAGAGGUGCAGACGCUGCUGAAGAUGAUGAACGUGGAAAUGAAUGAGGACAACGCUUUGGAUCUGUUCACGAAGGCCGACAGGUGCGAGAGUGGCUCUUUGGAAAUCGAGCAGUUUGUCCAUUUCUAUAAGAUGCUGACCCAGAGGGAUGAAGUGUGGAAGGUGUUCCAGGACUACUCCGGAGAUGGAGAGAAGUUACUGUUGGAGGAGCUGGAGACCUUCCUGAGCAUGGAGCAGCAGGAGAGAGAGCAGAGCUACCAGCUCGCCGAGACGCUGAUCGACCGCUACGAACCAUCUGAAUCAGCCAAGAAGCAACACUUCAUGUCGUUUGAGGGCUUCCAGAUCUACUUGUGCUCACAGGAGGGCUCCAUAUUCAAUCCUAAGCGUCAGGAUCUCUACCAAGACAUGAGCCAGCCGCUUAGCCACUACUUCAUCUCCUCCUCACACAACACCUACCUCCUGGAGAACCAGCUGCUGGGACAGAGCAGCCUGGAGGCGUACAUCAAGGCCCUGAAGAGAGGCUGCCGUUGUGUAGAGGUGGACUGCUGGGACGGCCCUGAUGGUGAACCCAUUGUGUACCACGGUCACACCUUUACUUCCAAGAUCCUUUUUAGAGACGUUAUUACAACUCUGAAGGAAUACGCCUUCAUGGCAUCGGACUUCCCAGUCAUUCUGUCUCUUGAGAACCACUGUGGUGUGGAGCAGCAGACCGUCAUGGCCCAGCACCUUAGCCAAAUCCUGGGUGACACACUACUGACCACCCUUCUGGAUGGGCAGGUCCCUCAACAGCUUCCUUCUCCACAGGAGCUGAAAGGCAAGAUUUUGCUGAAAGCCAAGAAGCUUAACAACCCAGAAGACGGUCUCGACGGAGCUCAGUCGGAUGAAGUCAGCGACGAAGAAGCUGAAGAUGCAGAGAGCCCGUCUACAGGGAACCCACCUGCUAGGAAGAAGUCCAAACUGUCCAGGGAGCUGUCGGACUUGGUGGUUUACUGCAAGAGUGUGCACUUCCGUGACUUUGAGCAUGCUCGUUCACACGCCAAAUGCUACGAGAUAUCCUCGUUCUCCGAGAACAAGGCCCAGGCGCGUGCUAAGGACGAAGGAACAGAUUUUGUGCGGUACAACACCCGGCAGCUGAGCAGGAUCUACCCCGGGGGCUUCAGGACCAAUUCCUCCAACUACAACCCCCAGGAGAUGUGGAACGUGGGCUGCCAGAUGGUGGCCCUGAACUUCCAGACAGCUGGCCUGGAAAUGGACCUGAAUGAUGGGCUGUUCAGGCAGAACGGUUGCUGCGGGUACGUCCUCAAGCCGGACUUCCUGAGAGACGGCAACACUCAGUUCAGUCCAGACAAACCCGAGGACCGGCAAGGCUACAAACCCCUCCGCUUAUCCAUACAGGUGAUAAGUGGGCAGCAGCUACCAAAGGUGAAUCAGAAAGAGGGCUCUAUUGUAGACCCCCUGGUCAGGGUGCAGAUCUUUGGAGUGCCAGGGGACGAGGGCAUGAAAGAGACCCCUUACAUUAACAACAACGGUUUUAACCCAGUGUGGAAUGUAACUUUAAAUUUUGUCAUCCACACCCCCGAGUUGGCCCUGGUUCGCUUUGAGGUGGAGGACCACGAUAGGGCGUCCAGGAACGACUUCAUUGGACAGUUCACUCUUCCGUUUACGUGCAUCCAACCAGGAUAUCGUCACAUACAUCUGCUCUCCAAAGAUGGAAUAGCUAUCCCCCCCGCCUCCCUCUUCGUCAACAUCAGCAUCUCAGAGCUCACAUGAAGAAGUCAAAUCUGAGGAUAUGAAGCCAGAGGCGGUCCAGUGUCCUCUUUGGGCUCACACAGGAUGCAUACAGGACGCACAAAUACUUUUAUCAGAUGUUGGGCAUUUGCACGGCUCAAGACAAAAACAUUUUUCCCGCUAACUUAAUAUCAUCAAUAGUAAUAAUAUUAAUCAAAAUGCACAUUGGUCCAGAUGACAACAUACAGAAAAGUACACUACACACACCAAAGAAGGCACAGUGCGCCUUUCCCACAAUCCUUCUGGGUAACGUGUUAGAAAUCUGACUUUGUUUCUCAGCAUCAUUCAUUCAAAACAACAUACUGGAUGAUUGCAGUAGAGGACUCUGGUAAAAUAGAUGGACUCAGAUUAAAGGGACUCAUUUUAAAAUAGGGUUGAUGCAUCUUCUUCGCCACAACUACUAAUAAGAAACAGGCCUAAUUUAUAUAGAUAUAUAAAGAUAUAUCAUGUAGUCCUAUAAGCAUUUUUUUAAGAAAGAUGUCUGUAUUUAUUUAUGUUCUUCUUAUGUCUGUUUUCAAUUAUAAUUCAACUUUGUAUGUAAAUAUCGCCCGCUAACUAAACGGUCAUUAUCUGAGGACUGCUGCAUGUCUAGAAUGUCUAAAUAUACCGUUUGCCUUUAUGUGGAGCCUACUGUGCAUGCAGAAGCAACAGUACCUAAAAUAACUGAACGUGUAAAAGAAUGUUAAAAAA